AUGUACACGCACAGCCCCCUCAACCGAGAUCGCCGAGAAAUCAGGCUCGUCAGACUGCGUCCGCCUUCCAACGCGGACCUCAUCACGGCGCCGGUCUCGCUUGAAAUUCGACACGUCUCACUGGACGACGACGUGCUCUAUGCCGCCCUGUCCUAUGUGUGGGGCGACGCUGCCGACACCGUCCCCAUCGACAUCGAUGGCGCCCCCUUCCGCGUCACCAGGAACCUGCACGCCGCCUUGCAGCAGUUCGCGCGGGACGGCGUCGACUCGUGGCUCUGGGUCGACGCCGUGUGCAUCGCGCAGGCCGACCUGGCGGAGAAGAGCUGGCAGAUCGACGCCAUGCGGGACGUCUUCGGCGGUGCCGUGAUGGUGUACAUGUGGCUCGGCCCCGGUACCGAGGAGAGCGACACCAUCAUGGAGUUUAUCUCGCGGGCAGCGGCCUGGCGCGGGAUCGACGGCAUGGUGAAGCUGCUCGGCCAGGGGCACGUACGGACUGUGCGAGAAAUCGCAUCUCACGUCGCUUCCCGAUUCUCCCCUUGGGGCGAGCCGAAAAUGCCGAGCCCGGAGACGGAGACGGAGACGGAGACGGGGACGGAGACGGUUCUGCGACCAAUUGAUUCCCAGGACACAAGUGCCUUAGCCAACCGUGGGCGGAGUGAGAGUCCCCUCUUGAACGAUACUCAGACUUCGGAAACGAAGCUGGCGGUAUACGAGCUCCUGCGUGAUUUUCUCUCUCAUAGGAACCCCCCGCUCUUUGACGCGAUUUGCAACCUGCUGCAAAGAGACUACUGGCACCGGGUGUGGAUCAUCCAAGAGGUCUCCCUGGCCCGCGAUGCACGCGUGGUCGUCGGGACCAAGACUAUCCCGCUCGACAUAUUCGACGCCGUCUUCAACGCGCUGUGGUUCUCCUUGUACAAUGUCAAAAUGAACCUCGCGACGCGGCGGAUCUUCAGGACCGGGGUGCACAACCUCUCCAAUAUCACGUCUCUGAGGAUCCGCAACCUACGGAGGAAGGGUUCGACAGUGCGGCUGGUCGACAUCCUCUGGAACGUCAGCGCCGCUGUGUACCGGCCUCACUACUCCGCCUCAGACCCUCGGGACAUUGCGUUUGGCCUGCUGGGCGUGAUGGAUGACGAGGAGAGGGGCGGCCUCCAGACAGAUUACUCGCUGUCAACAGAGGAGGUCUUCGCGAGGAUCACAACGGCACUAUUGGACCAUUCAGGCUCCAGGGAUUCUGAACCUAGGGAUUCUGACUCCAGGGAUUCCGACUUCUACCUCGAUUCCAUACUGCCAGGGGACGAAAACGGAAUACUGCCCACCUGGGUCCCCGACUGGGUUGAUGUCGGCCAGUACGGCCAGGAUGUCUUGGCAGUGAGCUACUACAAAUCCUUCUGCGCGGCCGGAGAGAGGGUCCAACGGCAAACAUUCUCGGAGGCCGCAGGAAGAAAAGGUGGGCUUAGCUACAUCGUCCUGAGCGGCUGCUGCGUCGAUGAGGUGGUCCAAGUCAUGGAAGCUCCGGCCUGGCCCCAAGGACGCCGCUACAGACCACCUGGGAAGGGGGACGCCGAGCUCUGGUGCCAAUGCGUCAUUGCCUUCACCGGGCUACAUCCUGUCGGGAGUGGUGGCAACAACGAGGAGAAGGAGGGGGAGGCGGCGGCGGCGGCGGCGCACGUCUUUCAGACCCUCGUACAUGGCGAAAGCGGCAACUUUGCCGAGGAGCUCAACAGACUGGGGCCGGACAUCGUACGAAUGCGACGCGUGGACCCCGCCGCGUUAACAAGCCAAGGGGCCGCGAUGGUGCGCAGGUACACUCAGGCCCGGGCCGAAGAGCAGCUGGAGCCGCAGGCGCCUGUGGAUGACGAGGAGAUGAAGAGCUACAUGCGUGGUUGGCGAGAGAAUGUUUACUUGCAAAACAGGAAACGAACCCUUUUCAAGACGGCGAAGGGCACGCUCGGGGUAGGGCGUGUGGGGAUCAAAGCCGGCGACAUGUUGACCUUGAUCUGGGGAGCGCGCUCGCCCAUCGUCUUGAGCAGACGAUCGCGAGGGGGUUUCUACUUCCGGGGAGACGCGUAUGUCGACGGCCUCAUGCACGGGGAGUUUCUCAAAACCAAGCCGAGGGAGGAAGAGUUCACGCUGUACUGA